AGUGCGCAUUAGAAGGCACUGUAAGGUUGCAUCACUACACGUGAAGUUGGAGCAUCCGCGUCUCUUCUGAACUUUUUAGUAAAAUUAAACGAUAUAACGCGUAAAAAUCAAAAUGCUGACCGCCGCAAAGUUGUUAACUCGAAGCUGCAGCAAUGUCACCUGUGACAUUGCUAGAAGACAACAGUUCAGCACAAUUCUUAAAAAUGUUGCAGCUCCUAUGUAUGUGCCCCAACGAUUUACAGAUCUGCAACAAUAUCGAUACAAGUCAGAGGGUGUGAAAGGUGCAGUUAUCGGAAUCGAUCUUGGUACAACAUUCUCGUGUGUAGCUGUUAUGGAAGGAAAACAAGCUAAAGUGAUAGAAAAUGCAGAGGGUUCACGCACGACUCCAUCCUACGUGGCAUUUAGUAGAGAUGGCGAACGUUUAGUUGGUAUGCCAGCCAAGCGUCAAGCAGUCACAAAUUCAGCAAAUACAUUUUACGCUACGAAACGAUUAAUUGGACGAAAAUUCGACGAUCCCGAAGUAAAAAAAGAUAUGAAAACUGUUUCUUAUAAAAUUGUUCGAGCUUCCAAUGGAGAUGCAUGGGUAGAAGGAGGUGAUGGUAAAAUGUAUUCCCCUAGUCAAAUCGGUGCAUUUGUGCUCAUGAAAAUGAAGGAAACAGCUGAAGCAUACUUAAGUAUGCCAGUAAAAAAUGCUGUAAUCACUGUACCUGCAUACUUCAAUGAUACGCAAAGACAAGCUACGAAAGAUGCUGGUCAGAUUGCUGGCCUUAAUGUACUCAGAGUAAUCAAUGAACCAACAGCUGCUGCUCUUGCAUAUGGCAUGGACAAAACAGAAGAUAAAAUCAUUGCAGUAUAUGAUUUGGGAGGUGGUACUUUUGAUAUUUCAAUUUUGGAAAUUCAAAAAGGAGUCUUUGAAGUCAAAUCUACGAAUGGAGAUACCUUCUUGGGUGGAGAAGACUUUGAUAAUACUUUAGUUAAUUAUCUUGCAGCAGAAUUUAAGAAAGAUCAAGGUUUAGAUGUAGCAAAGGAUGCAAUGGCUAUGCAACGGUUGAAAGAAGCAGCUGAAAAAGCAAAGAUUGAACUAUCCAGUUCUCUUCAAACCGAUAUAAACUUGCCAUACCUAACUAUGGACUCUAGUGGUCCGAAACAUUUAAACAUCAAGCUUUCAAGAAGUAAAUUUGAAAGUCUUGUAGGUGAUUUAAUCAAACGUACUAUUCAGCCAUGUCAAAAAGCACUUUCUGAUGCUGAAGUAUCGAAGUCUGAUAUUGGUGAGGUGUUGUUGGUUGGUGGCAUGACAAGAGUACCUAAAGUUCAACAGACGGUACAAGAAAUUUUUGGUCGACAACCAUCAAAGGCCGUUAAUCCUGAUGAAGCUGUAGCUGUUGGCGCAGCAGUUCAAGGUGGUGUACUUGCUGGUGAUGUAACGGAUGUCCUUCUACUGGACGUUACUCCAUUAUCACUUGGCAUUGAAACGUUGGGUGGUGUAUUUACAAGAUUAAUUUCCCGAAAUACGACUAUUCCCACCAAAAAAAGUCAAGUAUUCUCCACUGCAGCCGAUGGUCAAACUCAAGUUGAAAUUAAAGUUCAUCAAGGCGAGCGAGAAAUGGCUAAGGAUAAUAAACUCUUAGGACAGUUUACUCUUGUCGGUAUUCCACCCGCGCCAAGAGGUGUACCACAAAUAGAAGUCACAUUUGAUAUUGACGCUAAUGGCAUUGUUCAUGUGUCCGCUAGGGACAAGGGAACUGGCAAAGAACAACAAAUUGUUAUUCAGUCGAGUGGUGGUCUCAGUAAAGAUGAAAUUGAAAACAUGGUGAAAAAUGCUGAACAAUAUGCCAAACAAGACAAAAUUAAGAAAGAUAGAGUUGAGGCUGUGAAUCAAGCUGAAGGAAUUAUUCAUGAUACAGAAUCUAAGUUAGAAGAAUUCAAAGCACAGUUACCACAAGAUGAAUGUGACAAACUGAAAGAAUCUGUUAAUAAAAUGCGAGAAACAUUGGCCAAGAAAGAUGAGGUAGAACCUGAGGAAAUUAAAAAACAAACAAAUGAAUUGCAACAAGCCAGUCUUAAACUGUUUGAGAUGGCAUAUAAGAAGAUGGCCGCUGAGCGGGAAAGCCAGAAUCAAAGCCAAAGUCAACAAGACGAUGGAGCUGAAAAGAAAGAAGAAAAGAAUUAAUUAAAUAUUUAAGUUAACAUGUAUUCAGGCAAAAGAAAUUUAUUGCACACAGCUAUAGGAGCAUCAAUACCAAUGAAUAUCUUACAUGCUCAAGAAAAACGCAUAUAUAAUUGAUAACAAAAUUGAACAAUGUAGUAUUGUUAGCAUUUUUUAAUUUUUGAGCAUGUAUGAUGAAAAAUAAGAAAUAUUUAAAUUUGAAGGGUGAACUACUGGUAAGGCACCUUUAAUCUAACGGUUAUAAAGUGUAAUGCCUUAUAACUAUGUAAACAUUUAUAAUUAUUUCAAAAAUUGCGUAAAUUGUAACAGCUUUAAAAUUGCGUGUUUUAAUCUGCGUUAACGAAUUGGAACUACUGAAUAUGCCAAAAGAAGCCUCCAAAAAGAAGUAUUUGUAUAACAUUUAUCCAUUAUAAUCUUACGAAAGGUCAAUUUGUAAAUUCUGUACAUAAUUAAUUACAUUACAACAUUUGCUGCCAGCAGGUUCUUUUUCAUUAUGUGCAGAAAAUGUUGGAAGUGUCAUACUUUUGUGUCAGUUUUAAAUACUUGGCCCCAUGAGACAACCGUGAAAAUUUGUAGCUCGACAAGCUGUCACGAUUACGAAACUUUGUAACUAUAGAAUUUUCUGGUAAUUCAUUCAGUAUGAAUGUGAGAAUACGAAUAUGAGAGAAUGUGAUGUAUGCUCGGUGCAAAACAAAUUAUUCUAUAGGAAGUACGCGAACAUGUAGAUUAUGUUAGGAAAUAUUGUAUUAUGAUGUAACCAUGUUAUUAAAAUUUUUUAUUUGAA